GUGACAGCCGGUCUGGACUCUGGGGUCAUUCUUUCAGAACUACAUUAUUAUUGCAACUUCAGGAUCUGCACACACAUGUUGUUAUAGUACACGGAAAUGCACAAAUGUACAUGUCAUGUAAACACAGUAAACAGUCAGUCAACGACCUCGAGAGAAGGAUGAGGUGACUUAUAAUCUCUGCAUGUUAGUAGUUCUGAAAGCUAGAAGUUAGACAUCUAAACCCCAUCUGAGAGGUUAUCUGAGGACCACAGAGGGAGAUGAUGAUCGCUUUGACGAGGCUCCACGGUCUCUCCAGAGCCCUGGGCAGCUUUUCCUCACUCCGGGGGUGCAGAGCUGCUCAACACGUCAUGUAUCUCAGCUCCUCGCAGGAGGACAGCAAGACGCACGCCAGGAUGCUGCGACACCUGGUCACCAAAAUAAAAUCCACGGGUCCCAUCUCUGUAGCAGAGUACAUGAGGGAGGUGCUCACCAACCCUGUGACGGGGUACUAUGUUAAUAAUGACAUGUUGGGACCAGAUGGAGAUUUCAUCACUUCUCCUGAAAUCAGUCAGAUCUUUGGAGAGCUGCUGGGGGUGUGGUGUGUCAGUGAGUGGAUGGGCGCUGGUCGGCCCGGCAGUCUGCAGCUGGUCGAGUUUGGACCUGGAAGAGGAUCUCUGAUGAACGACAUCCUCAGGGUGCUGGGGCAGCUGCGCUCGGCCCUGGGCCGGACGGAGGUGUCGGUCCACCUGGUGGAGGUCAGCCCCCGGCUGAGCCAGGUCCAGGCCGGCCUGCUGACCGGGGAGCAGAGCCGGCCGGCGGCCUCCGAGGACCAGGCCGUGUACCGCCACGGGGCCACCCCCGCCGGGGUCCCGGUCUCCUGGUACCGCCAUCUGGACGACGUCCCCAGAGGGUUCAGCCUCUUCCUGGCUCACGAGUUCUUCGAUGCCCUUCCGAUCCACAAGUUCCAGAGGACCCCCCGGGGCUGGAGGGAGGUCAUGGUGGACGUGGACCCAGAGGACCGGCUGAGGUUCGUCAUCAUCCCCGCCCCGACGCUGGCCUCCUCCACCCUCAUCCAGGUGGAUGAGAGGCGGGACCAUGUGGAGGUGUGUCCGGGGGGCGGGGUCAUCGUCCAGCAGCUGGCCAAUCGGAUCGCGGAGGACGGUGGCGCAGCGCUGAUCGCCGACUACGGCCACGACGGGACCAAGACGGACACCUUCAGGGGGUUCAAAGGUCACCGGCUGCACCCGGUGCUGGAGGCCCCGGGGUCAGCUGACCUCACCGCCGACGUGGACUUCAGCUACCUCAGGAAAAUGGCGGCCAGGAGGGGCGUGGCCUGCCUGGGGCCCCUCCCCCAGAGGGACUUCCUGAAGAACAUGGGCGUCGACACGCGCAUGCAGGUCCUGCUGAGCGCCUGUAAGGACGACCCCCCCGCCCGUGCCCAGCUGCUCCACAGCUACGAGCUGCUGACGGGCCCCGCCCACAUGGGGCUGCGCUUCCACUUCCUCUGCCUGCUGGCCCAGAGCCGGCUGGCCCCGCCCCCCGCCACGCCCCGCCCCCCCCAGGGCCUCAAGAUGGAGGACAAGCGCCCGGCGCCACUCCCUGUGGCCGGGUUCUCAGAGCUGUCGUUCUCCUGAGGGGCCCGGAGCGGGAGCCCAGGGGACCCCCGGGGCCCUCGGGGUCCUGGGACCCCGAGGGCCCGGGGGUCCGGCGUGACCGAUGAUGGACUGACAGUGACUGUUGGGGGGAGGACGUGCAGCAGAUGACCACGGGCAGGACUCGAACCCCGGUCGCUGUUUCAGGACUCAGCCUCAAUGGUACGCUCUGUACCAGUGAGCCACUGGGACUGAGCCUCAAUGGUACGCGCUGUACCAGUGAGCCACUGGGACUGAGCCUCAAUGGUACGCUCUGUACCAGUGAGCCACUGGGACUGAGCCUCAAUGGUACGCUCUGUACCAGUGAGCCACUGGGACUGAGCCUCAAUGGUACGCUCUGUACCAGUGAGCCACUGGGACUGAGCCUCAAUGGUACGCUCUGUACCAGUGAGCCACCCGGGUGCCACAACUCCUGCUAAUUGAACCGUGUUGUUUGAACCAUUUGUUUUCCCCCGUGUGUGAUUCUAUCUUUGUCGUGAAUAGAACGAUGAGCAUUGUGUAGUCCUGUCUUCACCUCCUUAUCGUCGCGUCUGAGGCCUCACAAACACCAGAUCUUAUGAUCCGUCCGUCACAAGCAGUAAUGCAGAAGCUAAUCUCAACAGAGUGAGAGAGGAUAAUCUCAAAAGAGUGAGAUAUGCUAAUAUAAAGAGUGAGAUAUGUUCAUCUCAAAAGAGUGAGCUACACAAACUCACAAUAGUGAGGUGAGCAAAUCUCGAAAGAGUGCGAGUAGCUAAUCUCAAAGAUUAAGAAAAGAGUCGGUUGGAGACGGAAUAAACCGCCGGCCGCCGCAGGUGGAGCUAGCCCGCGUCCCCCCCGCUGGAACCCAGAUGUUGUCCAACAUCUGGGAGCUAUUUGGUGUUGGAGCUCAAGAGUCGGGCAGCCGCCACUCACUGCCCCCCCCCCCCCCAUCACUUCAGUAGUAAUUAAAAGAUCCUGUUACACAGGAAUCGGCUCGCGACCAGGCGCGGUGUGCGGGUCGCAGAGCGGGCUAACGGCUACUCACCGACCGCCAUUUUAAAGACCGGCCAUUAAACAUGGCCGCCGGUGGUUUUUGGUCUUCUUCAUCGGCUGCACUGAUUUAAUCGAGGCUGACUUGUGACGUUUGGAAUAAAAAUGCAGAUCUCGCUCUGCCUCCAACUUCCAGAAAGGAUUUAGGCUGCUUAGUCUCUAACUAGCUUAAUCUCAGCCAUUUUAUUCUCUAGCCAGUUUAGUCUCUAGCGGCUAGCCAGUUUAGACUCGAGCCAGUUUAUUCUCUAGCAAGCUUAGUCUCAGCCGGUUUACUCUCUAGCCAUCUUAGUCUCUAGUUAACUUAGUACCUAGCAAGCGUAGCAUCAGCUAGCUUAGUCCCAGAGAGCCAAGAAGCCUCCUCUCUCUAUCACCUAAGUGGCUGCACUGAGAAACCUUCUGUUACCCUGACCAUAACGUGGUGUCUGUCGCCCAGUGAAGGCCUGACCAGACACCGUGGCUUUUUGCAAUUGAAGCGUUUCCUCGCUGCGUGCCUUCUGCAUUGCCAUAUCAUAUGCAGAUCUUUAGAUAAAUGCAACAUUUUUAAAUACAUUUUUAAGUGCGGUUGGGCUGAGAACAGUGAUACGGUGUUUGCCUUCUAAUCGUUACUUGUUUGAACCAGUCCUCAACGAGAACAGGCUGCGGUUUCCCUGGCGCUCUGCAGGUAGCAGAUCGCGCUCCGUCUACGCCUGCAAAUUGCAACAUUUAAAUACAAACCACAUCGUCAUUUCAAUCCUCCAGUCUUCAGCGAUCACUUAGAGGAAAGUACCUUCUGAGAAGUGACGGCGCGGAGCUGCCUCGAGAGGAAACGUAGGUUGGACUUGUUUUAUUAGUGUAUAUUAACAAAUACAGCAGAAAAAUAUUCCUCCCAGAAGAUAAACUCUGUAAAGUACUUUGGCCCCGUCGUCUCCCUGCUCCUCCUGCUCCCUGCAGAGCAGACGUUGAGGAGCGCUCUCCCAAUGUGCUCCCAGUGCUCCGCGAGGUUCGAGAAGGCAAUCCUUACGGUUCCUGGAAUGUUCUGGAGUACCCUUGAGCUCCUGGACCGAAGGGUUGGGGUCGCGACCAGGCAGUCAGGACAACCAGGCAGUCAGGACAACAAGGCAGUCAGGACCGACCAGGCAGUCAGCAGGCAGUCAAGACAACCAGGCAGUCAGGACAACCAGGCAGUCAGCAGGCAGUCAGGACAACCAGGCAGUCAGGACAACCAGGCAGUCAGCAGGCAGUCAGGACAACCAGGCAGUCAGGACAACCAGGCAGUCAGGACCGACCAGGCAAUCAGGACCGACCAGGCAGUCACCAGGUAGUCAGCAGCGACCAGGCAGUCAG